UAAAACAGUGCUCAAAAGUCGUGGCCGCCCACCUACGGAACCACUGCCGGACGGGUGGAUCAUGACGUUCCAUAACUCCGGAGUCCCUGUGUACCUGCACCGAGAGUCUCGGGUGGUCACCUGGUCCAGGCCAUACUUCUUGGGAACGGGAAGCAUACGGAAACAUGAUCCUCCUCUGAGUAGCAUCCCCUGUCUGCAUUACAAGAAAAUGAAAGACAAUGAGGAAAGGGAGCAAAACAGCGAGCUCGCCCCCUGUGGAGAGGUGUCUCCUGCCAAGCCCCUGAGCCGAUCUGCAGAGCUGGAGCUCCCCCUGGAAGAGCCCGACUCCUUGGGGACUGACUUGGGGCCCCCAGAUGAGAAGGACCCACUGGGGGCCGAGGCUGCCCCCGGGGCCCUGGGGCAAGUGAAGGCCAAGGUGGAAGUGUGCAAAGAUGAAUCAGUUGACCUUGAGGAGUUUCGGAACUACCUGGAGAAGCGCUUUGACUUCGAGCAAGUUACCGUGAAGAAGUUCAGGACAUGGGCUGAGCGUCGGCAGUUCAACCGAGAAAUGAAGCGAAAACAGGCUGAGUCAGAGAGGCCCAUCCUGCCGGCCAAUCAGAAGCUCAUCACUCUGUCUGUGCAGGACGCGCCCACGAAGAAAGAGUUUGUCAUCAACCCCAAUGGGAAGUCGGAGGUCUGCAUCCUGCACGAGUACAUGCAGCGCGUCCUCAAGGUCCGCCCUGUGUACAACUUCUUUGAAUGUGAGAACCCAAGUGAGCCUUUUGGUGCCUCGGUGACCAUCGAUGGUGUGACCUAUGGAUCUGGAACGGCAAGCAGCAAAAAACUUGCGAAGAAUAAAGCUGCACGGGCCACGCUGGAAAUCCUCAUCCCGGACUUUGUUAAACAGACCUCUGAGGAGAAGCCCAAAGACAGUGAGGAGCUGGAGCCCCUCAACCCCCAGCAGCCACUCAUCUACUUUCUGUCCCUGGAUUUGCCAAUUCUGACGUCUUCUGUCAGUGGAAUCAUACGAUGUAUGUUCCUUUGCGACUGGCCUGUUUCACUUCACGUGCUAUGUGAGCUGUGAGUAUUAUCAGAUUGAGGACGUUUCUUCCACUCCUGGUUUGUUGACAGUUUUUGUCAGGAAUGGGUGUUGGAUUUUGUUUUUUCUGUUUCUGUUGAGAUGAUCUCAUGGUUUUUGUCUUUGACUUUACUGAUGUGGGGGGGUGUUUCAUUGACUUUUGAAUGGUAAACAAACCUUGCAUUCCUGGGGUAAAUCCCACUCAGUCGUGGUGUAUAAUCAUUUUUAUGCGUUGACGGGUUUGGCUCACUGGUAUUUGUUAAGGAUUUUUGCAGCUGUACUUAUAAGGGAUACUGUUUUCUCGUGAUGUCGUUGGUGUUGGUAUCGGUAAUACUUGCCUCAUAGAAUGAGUUGGGAAGUGUUGCUUCCUCUUUCAUUGUGUGGAAUAGUUUGCGAAGGAUUGGUAUUAAUUUUUUUUUUUAAAGAUAUACCACACGCUUCCUUGGUGGUACAGUGGUUAAGAAUCCGCCUGCCAAUGCAGGGAACAUGGGUUCGAGCCCUGGUCCAGGAAGAUCCCACAUGCCGUGGAGCAACUAAGCCCUGCACCACAACUACUGAGCCUGUGUGCCACAACUACUAAAGCCUGUGAGCCUGGAGCCCGUGCUCCACCACAAGAGAAGCCACCGCGAUGAGAAGCCCGCACACUGCAAUGAAGAGUAGCCCCCGCUGGCCGCAACUAGAGAAAGCCCGCACGCAGCAACGAAGACCCAACGCAGCCAAAAAAAAAGAUACCAUGCAAGCACAAUAUUUAUUCAUUCAUUCAUUCAUUUAUUGGCUACACUGGGUCUUCGUUGCGGCACACAGGCUUCACUAGUUGUGGCGCGCAGGCUCUGUGGUUUCAGCACACUGUCUUAGUUGCUCUGCAGCAUGUGGGAUCUUAGUUCCCUGACC